GCAUGCAUUUACGCAACGUGCAUGACGUUUACGUUAUACACAAGUGAAGACACUGUAAUCGAAAGUGUGUUGCGAAUCUGUACUGUGCAUGUACGGCAGCGGUGUGCUAUACCAUUGAAAGGCAUCAGAAACAGCCAGCCUGGAGAAAGUGGAUCCUGCUGCAUAUAUUCAGAAGGGUUUAUUAGAAUGAGAUGGUCUGUUGACUCUAAAUUGCUCCACCGAUCGACAGCUUCAUAUUGACGUUCACUCCUGCCUCUGGUGCUCAUACUGUUUCUGUGAGUGAAUACAUAACAAGGACUUUCAGUGUGGAAUUAACAUUGGAAAUCAAUAUACAUAUCGGAUUCUGUCUUUACAUUUGAUUGAAAUAUAGCUGGCUGUGUAACAUCGAAACCUGAAGGAUAUAGAGGAAAUUAGUCACAAGUCUUUUGAGAGAAGCAUGCUCGAGUGACAGCUGGACAAAUUCUUCAAUUUUAAGUAGAAUGUUGCCAAAAAGCCACAAGAAUGAGAAGAACUAGAUGACAUCAACUAAUUCCUAAAUUUUCAGAGGCUGAAUCAUCAAGAGGCUGAUAUAUCUAGCCAAUCAGAGAGAAGUUGUUGUGUGACCAAUAAGAAGGAGGCUAUCAAACAGAGGCUGAAUGUAUGUUUGUUUGAUAACCAAUCAGCACAAGCCUUUCAUGAGAGGCUGUAACUUCUGUCCAGUCAGGGAGCUGCUUAUGGAGUGACCUUGUUAUAAAGGUUUACCUCUUGGAAUAUAUUCUGUGAAAGGAUUUAUGAAUUCUGUGUAGGAUAUUGGAUGCACACCCCAAAUCACAUUUGAAUAUUUGAAAUUGACCAAUCAGAGAGGCUGUAACAUAAGUGUUGACCAAUCAGAUGAGAGUUUAGGCCUGGUCGUGACCGUUUGAAUCAGCUGAGCAGGGAAGGAGAACUAGCAUCAUGUCGACGACGCCGUGUGGAACCUUUGCAAAGAUUGUACUAUUUGUAGUCAAUUUCGUCUUUUGGCUCACCGGAGUAGCAGUACUAGGUAUCGGAAUAUGGGUUAGCGUGGACCGAGGCACGGCAGACUUCCUGCAACUCUUCGAGGAUCCCCUCUUCAAAAUACUGGGCUAUUCCAUGAUCGGUAUAGGGGGGUUUGUCACCCUCCUCGGCUUCAUUGGAUGUUUCGGAGCCUGCCAUGAACACAAAUGGAUGGUUUGGCUGUAUUUUCUGAUUGUGCUGUUGCUGUUACUAGCUGAGGUUGUUUCUACAUCUUUAUUAUUUGCAUUUAGAUCACAGGUCGAAACCUUUGUGAAUACAAAAUUGGGGUCGACGAUAAAGACGCAGUAUGGCCAAGAAAACCGAGAAGGAACGACAGAGGCAAUCGAUGCUAUGCAGAGGAUGCUGCUGUGCUGUGGCAACCAUAACUUCACGGAUUGGCAAGAUAGUGACUGGUACCAGGAGCAGAACCCGGACAACACGACGCAGGCGGUGCUCUACGUUCCUCAGUCCUGCUGUAUCGCCAACGGAGAGAAGCUUAGCAAUCGGGCGGAGUGUCAGGAAUCGCCGGACGAGAUUAACGUAGAGAGGCAUUCAACGGGAUGUUUCCAUUCGCUAUACACCAAACUACUGGAUUAUGUCUGGGUUGUCGGAGGUAUAGGGAUAGGUGUAGCAGUCUUACAGGUUUUACUGUUGAUAUUAGCGGUGGUUCUUCUGCGGAAUGUCGUAGACGAUGAUGACGAGUAUGAAGAUUAACUGGUGCUCCAACCUCCGCAAAUCUAGCCCUUCUCAAAUCCCAGAAGAAUCUCCUUGUGACCAUUUUUGAAAGAAUGUACAACCCAGGUUAUUCUGUGUGUUAUUGAAUGGGAGGCAGUGCAUUGGGGUGACAAAAAAGAAUGACAAUCUCACAAUGUGGACGACAGAAGGAUGACAAUACGAAAUUUAGGCAAAUUGAGGUGAAUUGUCCUUUAUUGUUUAGUGUUGGAAAGAACAGAUAAAGAAAUCAUGUAGAGAGAUUGUAUUCCAUUUCUGCCAACAAUUCCUAAUAAUAGACCCGUUUACAAAUUGUAUGCAUAGAUUUUCAACAAAAGCUUCCCCUUAAUGACUGAAAAGCUUGUCAGAGGCUUUCCCUGGCAUAGCAACAACUAAUGCGUGCAAAGGGGAUUUCACCCAUAGAAUUGCCAUUUUUUAUAGCAGGUUAAGUUUUGAUACCAUCAGAAAGAUUAAUAUUUUUUUGUCAACUUUUGUACACAACAUUUUGUUGUACCGGUAUAAGAUAUUGUUUAGGAAGUGCAGGUAUUUGAAAAGUUAGCAGUGUUCGGGUUUUGAUGAAAUCUUGAAACUAUCGAGCCCCUUGGCACAGCAAUAGUUAAACCUAUGGGAAAUGAGAGAAUUCAAUAGCCAACCUGGUAAUAUGCAGAACGUUUGACGAUGAGAAAUUCAGAGGGAUUGGACUUCUGUCGGGCUGAAUGGAUAUGUCUUUUAUAAAGUGUUAAGAAGAACAAUUUUGGAUGUUAAUUUCUUGAGAAAAGGCAAUAGUAAAAAGGCAUUGAGAUAAUAUGGAAUGAGGUAUCAACUAUUUGAUUGUAUGUUUAUAAUAGACCAGUUAAAGAACAUAUUGAAAUGUUUGGAUGUUCCUGUCUUGGGGACCUUGUGACAAGUUAUUUCAUUAAUCUGUUGAUAAUGAAUUAACUACUAUACUCAGAAUCCAGUCUGCUUAUAUGACUUGUUGCUAUGUCUGGCAAGUGUCACGCAAGCUUUCAGGUUGUUAAGAACAACCUUUGUUGAAAAAGUAUGCAUACAAUUUGAACAUGUCUGUAAACUACUUUAUUUGACCCAAAAUGAGCUUUAAUCCUUUAAAAAUUUGUUUUUCUGCCAAAGUUAAAAUGGGAUGAAAAAUAAAUUUAUUCAUAUUGAUGCUAUGAAGGUGCUGAUUUUCUCAUUUUAAAAACUUAUUUAUUAAAAAACAUUUUGGACAAAAUUGUUGGACUUAGCUGCAGGUUUGUGGAACCUUUUUAUAUCUGAAAGAAAAAUAUCUUGCCUUUUUUAAAUACAUGUAUGUGGUGUUAGCCUCUUAAAGUAUUGUAAACCCUUUAUAGUACAAUUGAAACUUUUGUAGGUAUUUCAUAGAGAGUGAAACCACACAUUUUUAAAACACAUUUUAAGCGUUUGUUGACGGUGUGCUAUUUUUGUAGACAAUUCAAUCAAAUCUUGCCAAAAAUUGGGUGUUCCUUGUAAGGUUUAUGUAGCUCAUAAUGUUGGAUUCUGAGAUACGUUUCUCUCCAUAGAAUUGCUUCAUGUGUGCUAAUAUAUUCAUACAAAUAACCGAAACAUGUAUUUUAAUGUAAAUCUUAGAGAGGUAGAGAGAAGGAAUAUUUUAUAUACAAAAUGCAAAAUCAUGUUAUUCUUUUCUCAUUGUCCCUACCACAAGUGAAGAGAUUUUAUAACGGUAGAGGGCAGUCUUGAAAAAAAAAGCAGCAUUGGAAAGAGUCCCACUCUACAAAGGAGUUACGGUAUGGCAAGCCCGGCAUAAUUUGAACACCGUGUUGUUUCCAUCUAUUGCACAACCUCUCUAUUCAAGUGCUAUGAGUAUCUGUUUCUUCCAAUCAGGGAGAAUUUGAGAGUCAUUUUUUAAUUCCAUGAAAUAGAAAUCAGCCAUUUAUUUCACAGCUCUUGCUAUAAAGGGACUCUUUGCACUUUGCAGAAUGACUUACUUAAGUAUUUAUUAGUAAGCUUUAGAUUUAAAUAUUAACGUGUGAGGCUGAUAUAGAUCAAAUAUGCAUAAGGAGGAACGAAUAUUAAAUGUGUUGCCAAUUUGAAGAGGCUGAUCAAAUCUUAUUAUCUUGAUGUAUUAAAUUCUUCCUAUCGAACAAUCUUGCGUUUAUUUAUGUCAGGGGUGCUACGUGCCCUUACAAUGGCAAUGAACUGUGCUGCGUGUUUGAAUUUCCUAAUCAAUUUUUGCAAUUUCUCAAUUUGAAUUUUCACAAUGAAUACACCGUAGACAGCACUUGCCUAAGCAUUAUUUGCACAUCCUUCUGAAUUGCCCAACAUAAUUAUAAGCAAAACAUGUUAACUUUAUUUCAGAAGACUGAACAAAAUGAUAUUCCAUAUUAAAGUUAUUAGCACCAAAGAGCAACAAUGUUUUGAUAUAUAUACAAAUGUACUUUUGAAAGACAUGGAUUACUGAUACUGGCGUGAGGAUUUGAAGUAUUUCUUGCACAUGAAAGUCUUGAAUAUCAAGGGAAUUAGUGAGGCAAUAUCUCUUGUUAUAUGCAGUAUUUUAUGUAGUAAACCUACAAAAGACUAUCUUCAGAAUUCUCAAUAUUUCAUCAUACAGAUUCUUGUCUGCUUUUUAUGAUGAAGACAUGAUUUGUUGCACCAGAAAGUACGAUUAACUUUUUCGAAGAGAAAAAAUACAUAUAAUUCCUGUGUGCAACUGCAAAAUAAUCUGAUGUACAAGAUGGAAAAUGAAGUCGUGCAUUGUGGGAAUGGUCUGUGCAUUAUAACCAACUGCAACAACAAAUGUACAUCAGAGGCUGUUUUAAAACAAUGUACAACAAUGCAAUUUAAAGUGAUGCACAACAAUGUAAUUGACGAUGCGAGAAUGCAUUAUUACAGAAGUAUCAUGUAUAGAAGCAGAUUUUAUAUCUUCUUUUUUAUAGAUAUUGUGGCUUUUGAGAAAAACAUUUAUAUUAGAAAAAAUUGUUGUGACUUUGGAAAGUUUCAAUGAUGUUUGCCUCGAGCAGUGUCAUGUACAUAUGUAAUUAUACUCUUUAUUGUAUAUACCUGGAUCUAAAUAUUGUAUUGUUUAGACACCUACGUGAAGAUGUUAAUGUCGCAUUGAUUUUUUGUUACCGUAUUUUCUAAUAGUAGUAUCAGAAAGUUUUGUAAGUGUCACUAGCUGUCGGAAUAUAUGUUUCUUGAAGUAUACAUCGUGAAAAGGGGAUUUUUUUUACACAAACAGUUAUAUUUUGUUGUACAAAUCAAUUAGGGUUUGUGUGCAAAUAUUGGAAGUGCGAUCAGAUUUGAAUUCAUACAUCUUUUUCUUCUUUGUGUACUUCCUCUGUUGGCUUUGGAGAUGGGCGGUAUUCCCUUGCAAUGGACUAGUCGUGUCACUGAAACCGGUAGUGAGAGUGUAGUGAUAGGUGGUGAAUUGCCGUUUAGUCCAGAACCAGUACGGUAUGUCCACUACAUGAUUAGUCUAUUCCUAAAUGGUCUACUACACCCAGCCCGUCUACAAACUAUCCCCAUUAUUUAUGAUUGGAUGAUCAUUUAUAGACCAUAUAGAUAG